AUGUGCACAGACUACGGCCUGGAUAUCCUUGACCCCAACGAUGUACCACGUGGUCCCAAGUUCAUUGACCAGCCGGACAACAUCAUGGCGGUGGAAGGCAUCGCGUCCGUCGUCAUUGACUGCACGGCCGCAGCCAACCCCUCACCCACCUACCGCAUGUACAAAAUAAUGGUCAACAACACCAUCCCCAUCACCACUGACAUGGAUCCAAGGUACGCAUUAACAAAUGGGAAGCUGGUCAUUCGGAACCCGACUGAAAACAAAGACGCUGGGCGGUAUAUCUGUACAGCAACCAAUCCCUACGGAACGGUCAUCAGUCAGAUCGGACUUCUCAGCUUUGGAAUUCUUGGAGAGUUCUCAAACGUACAGCGCGAAAAGGUUCAGGUAAAACAACACAGUUUCGGCAUGAUCAAAUGUCCUUCCACCUUCAUACAGACCAGAACCUCUGUAGACCCGGUAUUCAUAAACUUCUUUGGACUUUUAUUUACCAACACCUAA